ACCCCGGGGCGGUCGGACGGGAGGGCGCCGGUGGAACUCGGACCAUUCCCACUGCGAGAGCCGAAGCACUCCAUUCCCCCGUGGCCAGAGCGGGGGCAGGUGGGGGCGCAGGCCCAGGGGAUGCUGGGCUCGGUGAAGAUGGAGGCCCAUGACCUGGCCGAGUGGAGCUACUACCCGGAGGCGGGCGAGAUCUACUCUCCAGUGACCCCGGUGCCCACCAUGGCCCCCCUCAACUCUUACAUGACCCUGAACCCUCUAAGCUCUCCCUACCCUCCGGGGGGGCUUCCGGCCUCCCCACUGCCCUCAGGUCCCCUGGCACCACCAGCCCCUGCAGCACCUCUAGGGCCCACCUUCCCAGGUUUGGGUGCCAGCAGUGGUGGAGGCAGCAGCUCAGGGUAUGGGGGCCCAGGCACUGGGCUAGUGCAUGGGAAGGAGAUGCCAAAAGGAUACCGGCGGCCCUUGGCCCACGCCAAGCCGCCCUAUUCCUACAUCUCACUCAUCACCAUGGCCAUCCAGCAGGCACCAGGCAAGAUGCUGACCCUGAGCGAGAUCUACCAGUGGAUCAUGGACCUCUUCCCUUACUAUCGGGAGAACCAGCAGCGCUGGCAGAACUCCAUCCGCCACUCGCUGUCUUUUAAUGACUGCUUUGUCAAGGUGGCACGCUCCCCAGACAAGCCAGGCAAGGGCUCCUACUGGGCCCUGCACCCCAGCUCAGGGAACAUGUUUGAGAAUGGCUGCUACCUGCGCCGCCAGAAGCGCUUCAAGCUAGAGGAAAAGGUGAAGAAAGGUGGCAGUGGGACUGUCACUGCCAGGAACGGAAUGGGGGCUACUGCAGCAACCACCACCCCUGUUGCCACAGUCACCUCCCCAUCUCAGCCCCCACCCCCAGCCACUGCUGAGCCUUCUGAGGCCCAGGGUGGGGAAGAUGUGGGGGCUCUGGACUGUGGCUCACCCACUUCCUCCACACCCUAUUUCACUGGCCUGGAGCUCCCAGGCGAGCUGAAGUUGGACGCACCCUACAACUUCAACCACCCUUUCUCCAUCAACAACUUGAUGUCAGAACAGACACCAGCACCUCCCAAACUGGACGUGGGGUUUGGCGGCUAUGGAGCUGAAGGUGGGGAGCCGGGGGUCUACUACCAGGGCCUCUAUUCCCGCUCCCUACUUAAUGCAUCCUAGCAGGGGGGUAGGAACAUGGUGGUGGGUAUGGUUCUGGUGACACUUUGCUUGUCUCAUGGGUUAACAUCUUGGUUUGCUCUGUUCUUUACUGUGAUGAUUGCUGUCUGUGUGAGCAUCAUGUUGAUCCACUGGGUGCUGUGGUGUCCACCAUGUACAUCUGGGUGGGCCCACUGGGUACUUCGAAGACUGCCAUGUUGAUUUAUGUCAUUAGUUGAUUCACUGAGUGCUUUGGUGGCUGCCAUCUGGGGGGCCCUUUGGUUGCUGUGAUGGACAUCUUUCUGACCAACCCUUUGGAUGCAAUGGUGAUACCAUUUCAUCUUCUUUGGCCCAUUGGGUGCUGUGAUCACUUCUUUCUUGGUGGACUUCUUGACACAGUAGGUGCCAAGUUGGCCACCAUCCUGCAUAACAUCAUUUUUGACUUAUAGAGCUUUGAUGGCCACCCUGUUGGCUGCAUGACAUUAUCAGUGGGCCAUUGUGCCACAUGAUAGCCACCAAACCCUCCUGUUGGCCAAGUGGUCACCAUCUCUUCAGUGUGAAUAGGGUGAUGGAUGAAGGUUUUCUCUGAAGCCCAUUCCCCCCACUCGGGUCCAGGAGAAACCCAAAAGGGCUGGGGUUAAGGUGUGGGGAAUUUCUACUGAAGUCUGAUUCUUGCCUAGGAAGUGGGACACUGGCUGUGUUUGACCAUUAAAGGCACUGUUUCCACCUCUUA